AUGUCUAUAUUUAAAAUUCCAGGUUUGUAUUCAAAAAUAUAUGGAUCAAUAUUUCGUAGAAAAUUUAGUGGCCCAUCACCUUUAUAUAAAACCCCCCUUAGACAUAUAUGGGCAAUUUUUUUUUAUAUUGAUAUCUUCAUAUUAUAUAUAUUGGUAUUUUCCUUUUUUUUCUCCAUAAUUGUACGAAACGAGUGUGCUGAAAUUUUUUCCACAGUAUUUUUCACCACAAUCAAUAUAAUUUUCAGUUUCCUUAUUGAUUUUUUCUUUUUGUUGAUAAAAGACGAAGAAGUAGUUAGCGAAGAUGAAAUAAUUGUAUCCACCUGCUUAACCAUACUGUUAUGUAUUGUAAAGAUAUUUAUUAACCUUUACUCUAUAUAUUUUUGUAUCAAUGUAUAUGGACAAAUUGUAGAAUCAAAAGAAAGACAUAUAAAGGAAACAUGUGCAACUUAUAUGGGGAAAGGAUUAUUAUUACAUUACAGCGUGAUUAAUUGUUUUUCACUUGUAGAGACAUAUAUCGAAUCCUUUCUCACCUUAAUUUCUAUUAUUUCUUUUAAGGCUCAAGUUCAAUCCUAUCAAAUAAUUAUAUAA